UUGCAGUCGCAUCGCCCAACUUUGCUUUGAUCUGCAACUUCCUUUUAGCAAUAUUUGCUUCCUUUUAGCAAUAUUCUGUAGUUUGCAGAAGCAUCGCGCACUCAACGGCAGCAACGAUCACCUGUAGAUCCACUUUAUUUGGAGUUGGAGAUCUGUUCUCUUCUGCAAUCAGAUGGCGGUGCCACUGACAGUGGUGGGGGGAUGGUUCGCGCAGGCCUUCAUCCAGACCUUGAUCGAUAAGGCCAGCGACAAAGCCAUCCAACUGUUUGCCGAGAGCCGGGGUUUCGCUGAGGACAUGGAAAAUCUGCACCCAUCGCUGCUGGAGAUUCAAAUCAUCCUUGACGAGGUACAGAGUAGGGGGUGCAACGACACCAAAUGGAAGACAUUGAUACAGGAACUCAAGGACGCUGCUUAUGAUGCUGAGGACUUGAUAGAUGAGUUCCAAUAUCAUGCCCUCAGGCAGAAGAUCAAAGGUGAAGAAGAGGACAAGGCAGCAAGUGGCUCCAGUGGCCUUUCAAACAUGUUUUAUGCUGCAAAAAUAAAGUUGCUGGGUUCUUCUCAUUCCUUGGAAGAAGAUGAUAUGAGAGCUAGAGUGAGGAAGAUGCAAGGAAGGCUGGAGAGAAUUGCUAAUCGUAUGAAGAGCAUUAUUAAUGUGUUACCACGAAAUGAUAGAAGGAAGCAACCAAAUCAGAUGAAGUUUCAGACCAGAGAAUCAUGCUCUUCCCCGGUGACGGACGUAUUGUUUGGCAGAGACAAAGAACUGAAUCAAGUGGUAGACUGGUUGUUGGGGUUAGCUAAUCAGGUGGAACUUGCAUCGGGAUUUUUCAGCAAUACCUUCUCCGUCUUGCCCAUUGUCGGGAUCGGAGGGGUUGGAAAGACUACUCUUGCUCAGUAUGCGUACAAAGACAUCAGAGUUCAAGAUCAUUUUCACCUCAAGAUUUGGGUUUGUGUGUCUGACGAUUUCACUGUGCAGGGACUCACUAAAUCUAUAAUACAGUCAGUAACUCCACAAAAACAAUAUGAUAACAUGGGGUUAGAACCUCUUCAAAAACUACUCCAUGAGCAUAUUGAGAAUAAAAAGUUUCUGCUUGUUCUUGACGACGUGUGGAGCGAUAAUAAGAGUAUCUGGGAGACAUUCUGUGCACUACUCAAAGUCGGAGCUCAUGGUAGCAAAAUCAUUGUUACAACUAGAGACAUGCAAGUUUCUAAAAUGGUUAGCCUGGCGGAACCAAUCUUGCUCCAUGGUUUAGACGAAGAUGCCUUUUGGCAAUUGUUCAAGAAAUGCUCAUUUGGCACACUCAGCCCUGAAGACUAUCCGGGGCUAGAAGACAUUGGUAGAAAGAUUGCUCGCAAGUUGAAGGGCUCACCAUUAGCUGCAAAGACAAUUGGUAGGGUUCUACAAUCAAAUAUAUGCCAGCAACACUGGGCCACCAUAAUGGAGAGCGACAUAUGGAAAGUAAAACAAAAUGAAGAUGAUAUUAUGCCAGCUCUGCAGUUAAGUUAUCAAUAUCUUGAUGAAAAUCUGAAGCAGUGUUUUGCUUUUUGCUCGUUCUUUCCUAAAGACUACAAAUUUGAUAAAGCUGAGUUGAUUCAAAUGUGGAUGGCCGAAGGCUUCAUCGAAGAUACAAAGAGGAUGGAAGAGGUUGAAAGCGACUAUUUUCUUGAGUUUGUUAACAGGUCUUUCUUUCAGGAAUCUGAAUAUGAUCAAUUUGUGAUGCAUGACCUUAUACAUGAUUUAGCUGAGAUGAUUUCUGCGGAAGAGAUAUGUAGAAUUAAAAGUAACGAACAAACAAAGAUGCUUUCCACUAUUCGGCACCUACGAGUAGAAGAAGGAAAAUUGCCGUUGGAGUUCUCCGGAUACAACAAGUUGCGCACCUUGUCGUUGGUAAAUUCACCUCCCGAUAGCCUCUUUGAAAAACUAAGAAGCAUUCGUGUUCUGGAUGUAAGUUGGUGUGACUUGCUGGAGUUAUCUGAACAUAUUGGUAAAUUGAUUCACCUCCGUUACCUUGAUUUAUCAUACAAUUUUAAAGUUAAAAAUUUGCCCGACUCAUUAUGCGACCUUUAUAAUUUGCAAACACUGAAGGUAAAUGGUUGUUCUAAACUAGAGUCUCUACCACAAGAAUUGGGUAAGUUGGUCAAUCUGAGACACAUUGUUGCUGAAUAUUGGGUGAUGACAAAGGAUGCAUGGAAACUAGCUAAUCUUCAAGAUUUGCCAACGUUUAGUGUUCAAGAGGGCGAUGGAUUCAAUCUUGUACAACUAAAGGAUUUAACACAGCUUCAUGGAUCACUUCAUAUUCGAAAUCUUGAGAAUGUUGUCGAUAGCAAAGAAGCGCAGCAUGCUGAGUUAAAGAACAAAGUCCAUCUAAAAGAAUUGGUGUUAGAAUGGAAUCAUCGGAAGGAUGCCAAGUUGGAAGAGGAAGUAAUUGAAGAUCUGCAGCCACACGAAUCACUUAAAAUAUUGAAAAUUGAAGGGUACCAUGGAGGUAGGUCGCCUAGUUGGUUGAUGCCAAAAGUUCUAUCCAAAUUGGAAAAACUUGAAUUAGUAAAUUGCAAGGGAUGGGAUGACGUUCUGCCAUUUAUUGGUCCACGUUUGCAUCUGAUUGAACUUCGCAUUUACCACAUGUUUGCUUUGAAACAACUGAGUCAUGAAUUUGAAGGCAAGUGUUUUCCCAAGUUGAAAGUGCUUGAUUUAUGGAAUUUGCGGGCAUUGGAGGAGUGGUCUUGGACUGAGGGCAAAGAUCUAUUUCCCUGCAUGCGUGAACUUCGUGUCAGAGAUUGUCCCAAACUAAAGAGAUUACCUCCCUUCCCUCCUUCCCUAGAAAUAUUGACAAUACAACACUGUCCCGAGCUCAAAUUAAAUAGCAAAACAGAAAAUGACGAAGAAGGUGGCUGCCAUCUACCGCCCUCACUCAAGGGAUUGGAGUUGAGCUACUGUGGCGAAUAUUCAAAACUUUUGCCCGACUGCUUGCACAACCUUUGUUUAAUUACUAGCUUGGAAAUAAGCCAUUGUCCACACAUAACGUCUAUUUCUCUGGUUCAAUUGGUAGAACUGCAAUAUUUGGACAUCUCUGACUGUGUGGAGUUGAGACUGAUGGAGUGCUUAGGACACCUUAAAUCCCUCAAGGAAUUGAAGAUCGUAGGAUGUCCUGAGUUGAGAUGGAUGGAGUGCUUAGGACUCCUUAAUUCCCUCGAGGAAUUGAGGAUCGUAGGAUGUCCUAAGCUGGUUCAGUUGGAUGUAGAAGAUGAGCAAGCAGGGGGCUUGUCGUCUCUGCGUAAAUUAUGUGUGGACAACACUGCUCUGCUUAAAAUGUUUCCUCUGAGAAACUCACUGUCAUUCAUCACAGAACUUGAAAUUGAAUCAUCUUCUGAGGAGGUGAUAUUUGAAGAGGCCAUAUUGAUGCGAAGCCUCACUGCUGUUACAUCUCUAAAGUUCUUUAAUUGCGAGAAACUACAAUCUCUGCCGACAGAGCUGCUGCAUAACUUUCCCUUCUUAGAAAGAUUGGAGAUGUGUGACUGUCCACAGCUCCAAUCACUGCCAGAGAUAGGACUUUCUCCCUUUCUCAAAGAGCUACAUAUAUAUGACUGUCCACAGAUUCAAGCGAUGCCCGAGUUGGGGCUUCCCAAGUCACUAGAUGAUUUCUAUUGCUUUGGCAAUGUUCAUCCAACGCUGAAGGAGCAGUCACAAAAGUUCAACAUAUGAUAGGAGAGAGGCAAGGUUGGAAUUGGAAUGAGAACUUGGACGGACGGUUCAAUUAAUUAUCACAACAAGGAUCUGGUUCUUUAAGGGCAUACUAUGCAUAUGGCAAGUGGUAAAAGCAUCUGUUGGAGUUUGCUGAUAAUAAUAUUCAAGUGAUAGCUUCGUGAUACGUUCUUAUGGCGAUAUAUGGUGUCUUUAGAAUCGCUUACUAUGGGAACAAAAUUUACUUAUUGUGUGCAUUUCUUUAAUUUUCACUAUAUCUCUAUGAACUUGCUAAAUAAGUAUUAGGACAUAUUAAUUUGUCAUUUUAAGAUUCGAAUAUUUUGUAACAAUUAUUAUCGAAUCGGUGACUUUUAUAUUUAAAU